CCUACUACUACUACUUCACCUACUACAACUACUACUACUACUACACCUACUGCUACUACUACUACUACACCUAAUUUUUCUACUAUUACACCUACUACUACACCUAAUGCUACACCUACUACUACUACACCUACUACUACUACUACUACGCCUACUACUACUACACCUACAACUACUACACAUACUACUACACAUACUACUACCGCUACAUCUUCAACUACUACACCUACUACUACUUUUGCUACUACUACAACUACCACUACUACUACUACAACUACACCUGCUACUACUACUAUUGCUACUUCACCUACUACUUCUACACCUACUACUACUACUAAUACCACACCUACUACAUCUACUACACCUACUUCACCUACUAUUUCUACUACUACACCUACAACACAUACUACUUCUACACCUUUUACACCAACUGCUACAACUACCACUACAGCUACUACUACACCUACUACACCUACUACUACUACACCUACAACACCUACUACUACACCUACUACCACUACACAUACUAGUACCACACCUACUACACAAACUACUACACCUACUACUACUACUACUACUACUACUACACAUACUACUACUACACCUACUACUACACCUACUACUACUACACCUACUACAUCUACUACUACUACGACUACACCUACUGCUACUACUACUACUACACCUACUACUACUACACCAACUGCUACUACUACUACUGCUACUACUGCACCUACUACUACACCUACUACUACUACACAUUCUGCUACUACUACUACUACUACACCUACUAAUUCUACUACUACUACACCUACUACUACAUGUACUGCACCUACACCUACUACUACUACUACUACUACUAUUACGACCACUACUACUACUACUACUGCGCCUACUACUACACCUACUACUUCUCCUACUACAACUACGCCUACAACUACUAUUACAUCUACUACAUCGACUACUACUACGACUACUACUACUACACGUACUGCUACUUCUACUGCACCUACUACUACACCUACUACUUCUCCUACUACUACUACUACCACACCUACUACUACCACUACACUUACUACACGUACUACUACUACUUCACCUACUACAACUACUACUACUACUACUACACCUACUACUACUACUACACCUAAUUUUUCUACUAUUACACAAACUACUACUACUACUCCUACUACUACUACACCUAAUGCUACUACUACUACUACACCUACUACUGCUAGUACUGCACCUAAUACUACUACUACUACUACUACUACACCUUCUACACCGGCUACUACUACUACACCUUUUACACCAACUGCUACCAGUACCACUACAGCUACUACUACACCUGCUACACCUACUACUACUACUACUACUACACCUACAACUACUACACAUACUACUACUACACCUACUAUUACACCUUCUACUUCAAUUACUGCACAUAAUGCUACUACUACUACUACUUCUAUACCUACUACUACUACUACACCUACUACAUCUACUACUACUACUACACAUACUAUUACUACUACACCUACUACACCACCUACUACUACUACUACUACUACUACUGCACCUACUACUACUACUACACCUACGACUACC